AUGGCAAAGUCUCGAAUCUUAGCAGUCGCGACGCACCUUGGCCGCCGCGCCUACAGACACAAGCUCUCCGUCAUUUCUUUAUUAUUUGUCAUUUUCUUUGUAGUCCCCAUCUUUCUAUACACUUUACUCGGCACCAUACUCGCGAACGAUCCACGAUUAGUCCCGCACGCGAUUCGCAAUGCUCGCAGCGUCUUGCUGAUUACAGCGCAUCCGGAUGAUGAGUCGUUGUUCUUCAGUCCGAGUAUUCUGCACAAUUCAGAGAAGCCGCAUGUAAAUCGGCAUUUGCUUGUUUUAUCGUCUGGAAAUUUCAAUGGUCUCGGAGAGCAUCGCCGCACAGAAACAAAAGCCUCCUGCGCCGCGCUAGGAAUCCGCGACGACAACUGCGUGAUACUCGAUAAUAAAGACCUACAAGAUAACCCGCGACAAUGGUGGGAUGACUCCAUCGUCGAAAAGAUACUCGAAGAGUACAUCAAAAAAUGGAAAAUCGACCUAAUAAUCACCUUUGACCACUACGGUGUCUCUGGCCAUGUCAACCAUAGAUCCGUCAGCAAGGGCGUGAAGAAAUUCUGUGACGAACAUGACCAUAUGCCGCCCGUGUACGCGAAUCAGUCGAAAUUUUUGUUGAGGAAAUACUCGUCGCUGUUCGAUUUGAUACCUACGUCGGUGCCAUUUACCUGGCGAAUAUUGGAAGCUCUUAUCAGACCGGUACCACAAGGAUACGAGACUUCCAUUUCGGUCGCAGACAAACCAGUGCCACCGCCAGAGGGCGGAGAUAAAUACGGCGACAAGGCUCUUCUCGUGACGGAUUGGGGCUUAUAUAUGCAAGGGCGACAGGCGUUCAAGCAGCACGCAUCGCAAUACUCCUGGGACCGGGUGCUGUACCUGAUUGUCAGCCGGUAUAUGUGGUUUAACGAUUUGAAGAGACUGUAG